AGCAGCCCCAUCUGAGCCUCAUUCAGUCCGGCUGCUCGGCUUUUAACGACAGCGCAACUAAACCAGAGCAGAAGCCGAACCUGAGAGCUGCAGGAGAACAUCAGGAGGCUGUUGUUUUUGUAGUUUUACUCCCAGACAAGAAGAAGAAGAAGCAGAAGAAGAAGAGAGUGAGGAGUGGGACUACCCAGCAGUGGGAGGUUAGAGACACUUUCGGCUGCUUCCUCCUCCUCCUCCUCCUCCUCCUCUUGGCUGGGAGUCAGAACCCCCCACCAGGACCACAACCAUGGAGCCCACCGAGGUCGAGGGGGAGCCCAAGGAGAGGAAGAAGAUCCACUUUGCGGUGCCAUCCUCGGCGCCCACCAACCUGGACCCCCGGCAGGUGGAGAUGAUCCGUCGCAGGAGGCCCACACCUGCCACGCUGUUCAGAGUCGCCGACCAGUCGUCUCCUGAGGACGAUCAGUCCACCCAUCAGGUAAAGUGGGUUGUAGGGGAGAACGGAGUGCUCAAACCAAAGCGUGUUAAUCCAAACGUGUACCAGCCUCCAUCACUCAAAGCUGUUCAGAAGAUGGCUGAAGCCCAUAUGCAGAACCUAGGGGUCUACCCUCCUCUGGAAGACCCUUGUGAAGGGGAGGAGGAUGAGGAGGAGGAGGAGGAGGAGGACCAGGAGGGAGGCGAAGCAUCUCCCACCAAAGCUGCUGAUCACCAAGAGACGGCGUCCACCGAACAGACCGACAAGCUGUCGGGCAUCAGAGAGUCGACCAAGAAAAUCCAGUGGGCGCAGGAGGAAGACGAGGAGGAGGAUGAAGGCAAGGAGGGAACCAAAACCGAGGCGACGAGAGAGGAGAACAGCCGGGGAAGCAACUGAGAGCAAACGCUCGGAGGGGAGGGAUGGUUUGAACCUGAAGAACUCAGAGGAUAUGGGUGGUGUGCUUCUUUUAUUUGUGUGGAUGUCUGAAUGCAUGGAGACAAAUGAAGCUUUCAUAAAAUCAGACGCGCGAGUGGGCAGAGAUUUCACCUAAAACAGAGGACAAAGAGGGGAUUGUGUUAGUAAUGGGCAGGUGAUGAUGAUGAUGUGCUGACAGAGCAGACUGGCCCUUAGUGUCCCUUUGUUUCUAAUGAGGGGUCAAGGUCAGCGAGACCAAAAAAAUAAUAAAAACCCAGCCAGACCGGACCUCCCUCCACCUUAAAGCACACAAAUGUUCCUUCAGCGACGCAAACAAACAUUCUCGGGUACGUUUAAAAAAAAAAAAAAACACUUGAAGGUCUUUAAAUGUGUGCACAUGUGCUCCACUUGAUUCUCCAACCGGCCUUCUGCGUUGUUCCGAUUUGCAGCGAUGUUUAGCUCUUUGCUUGUGCUGCCAUCUGGUGGUAGAAAGUGGGAACGGCAGGUUUAAAGUGCUACUCCGGCUCCAUUCAACUGUUUAAAGGUCCCAUAUUGUGCCUCUUAAAUUAAUGGAAGUUUUACUGCGAAAACGGUUCAUUUUUCCAUGACCGUAUAGCUUUUGGUUGUAGUCCUAACUUUCUGUCCAAACUAGUCUACACAAAAAUACGUUCCUGUACACUCAAAAUCUGUUUUGAGGAAAAAACAUUUUCUGCUGUCUUAUUUUGUAACAUGUAACGCAAGGUUAACUUCAUGCUGUAAUGGAGAAGACUUGAGACCACCAACAGAUUUGGAAAAAAAUCAAGGAAGGGCUCAUUUUCUCAGAGACUUCUACAAAAUUUGAAAUCUUUUUUGCAACCGAAAGAGUCGCCUCCUGCUGGCUGUUAGAAAAAAAGUGUAAUUUUACAGCACUUGUUGCUUCACUUUUGCUGUAACUUUUCACCCAGAGUCUAUUUCCAUCACUUAUUGACAGAUAAAUAUUUAUUUACUACACUUCUAGUCAAAGGAUCUUUGCCGUAUAUUUUAGUGCUUCAUUGUCUUUAAUUAGUGAUUUAUUAGAUGAGGUGGGACUGGUUACCUUGGUAACCUAGAAAAUAGAGGGAAAGCUCCAAGUAUGUAGUAAAAGAGUCAUGUUUUAACCCAAACCCAGUCAUUUUGGUGCCUAACAUUAACAAGAAAGUGAGUGAAAACUGAAAGUAAGCCAAAGUAAACCAGAAAAAGAAACUUAAAUUUGAAUUUUGUAGGAAAAAAAACAUCCAACAUGGACCUUGUUGGUUUUUCAAAAUGGCUGCUUUUUCCAUCAAAAAAUACAUUUUUUUCCAAAACUAAAUUCUUCUCCCUUCACAACAUAACUGAGUAUGCGGUUUAGUUGUAUAGGAAUGCCAUUUUGUGGAAACUGGGUUGUUCAAUGAACUCUAAAUUUCUCCCUAAAUUACUUUUCUCAAUGCAAAAAUCGUCAAAUGUAAAGCACAGUUGUUUUCAACUCACACGUUUGGUGAGUUUUAGUUGCAAAACGGCAGCUUUAAAUCAUUAAUAAGCUGUGUUUCAGUCGCUUUUUUUUACUCGUCUUGCUGUCUGACAGCAGAAACUGAAAACGCCGCAGAUAAGAACAGCUUUAUUGUGAAUUCGGCUUUAAUAAAAUGCAGUUAAUGUGAGCACAGAGAGCAGGAGAGAAGCUAAUGGAUGGAAGUUAAGGUUACUCUACAUGAAAACACAGUAACCUAUCCAUGCAAACUCUAAGGAUUUCCCUAUUGUUAUGGGGACAUUACUACUGAUAAUAGCAGUAAUCCACCACUGGGUGUUCAGUUUUUCACAUGCUGGGAGUGAAUGAAGACUGUUGACGUUUGAUAAAGUUUCCUGAUGAUUACUGGUUUUUGUGAAGAAAUUGCAUAAAAUAUGGAAAUAAAGAACGACUUUUAAUGCACACAUUCAAGUUUUUAAGAGCCAUAACCUUAAAAAAAGGAUUUUCACCAUAUGGGACCUUUAAUCCAGAAUAUUCUCGUGAAAUUAAAUCUUGUUUUUGAUGCUAUUCAUGCUCUGCAUCUUUCCAGCAACAAUCUUUUCAUGUAUCCAGUAAUUAUUUCUCUACAUUGCAGUUUAUCACUAUUUAGUUUGCUGUCAUUUUAUUAAUAUUAGCCUCACAGUUUCCUCUUCGCUCUAAUAACAUCAUUUACUGCACGCUGUAUGUUGCCAAAUUUGGAAUGACUGAAUGAAUUGUCACUUGGCAGAAGGUUUCAUUCAAAAUUUUCAAAGCAUAAAUUAGAAUAAAUACACUUGAAUUAACUUCUUAAAUCAUUUCUGUGUCAUAAUCUGCUCCUAUUGUCUUGAUUUUUAUGCGUAGUAUUUAUCCAUGAGUGUAUAAUCACUAAAUAAUCUGCUUUAAAAUGGAUUAAUGUUCACAUUUUUUGCCUCGGAGUAUCACUUUAAAACCCACGGAUGACUCAAUGAUCAGCACCAAAAUGUUUAAGGUCUUUAAUUCCAACUCCACGAGCUUGCUGAGUGUGUUUUUUUUUCCUUUUAAAUGAUUUGAGUGUAUUUGAAAUUAAUCUUUAAAGGGCAAAGCUACCUCUAAUUUUUGUUUUGUUUUGUUUUUGCGAAAUACCCCUCCGUUAACUGCCUCCACGCAUCUUAAAACUGACAAAAUUGUCUUGGGAAUAUUAAAUAAUAAACUAAAUUUUCCUGCGCCAGUCAUUUGGGAUUUCUCAGUGCUCACAGAUUCCCUUUUGUAUACGACCACUUUUAUAACGUCAUCUUUUUAAUUGUUCCCUCAUGAUUUGUACGUCUCGGGUCUGCUGUUCAGAGCUAUUUUUCUAAUCCGACGUCCUGCUUCUGCUGCCUGUAUCAAACACACAUGUAGCUGCAGAACCAAGAGCCUGAGAGAAGGCGUCGCGGCUGCUGUAUGACGGACUUUUCAGCACAACUCUCGCUGCACAAAACUUUCUGUACUGUUUUUAACACAGAUAACGCAUCACUUCCUCUUCCUGGAGUCAUUUUCAAUCCGCGUCUGUCUACUUUGAUUACCGGUUUAGCUCAAAUAAACCUGAUCCGACUGGUUUUGUGCCACAGGAUGAAUAAAUCUGUAACAUCUGGGCUGUUUGUAUAUAAAACUUUGUGAAACUUUUUUCACCUCCUCCUCCUCCUCCCCUCCUCCUCCUCCAGGUCAGAAGAAAACAGCCAUUGAAAGACAUGUAUGAACUCUUAUAUGCUUUUUUUUUUCUUUUUUUUCUCCAUUCUCUUGUUUCUCAAUGUGAUGUGGUUGUUUUAAAGUGAGCAACUCUCUAUGAUAUCGAAAUAAACUAAUUUUCUUUUUCUCCUUUAACUUGA